AGAGCCGCCCUCGCGCGCGCGCGCGCGACGGGGCGCGGUCGCGCCCUGUCGCGCGACGGAGGGCGGGUGCGCGCUCGGGGCCACCGGCGGCGGAUGCGACAGGCCCCGGCCAGGCGCGUGGCCGUCGCUCGUCGCUCGUCGAGGAGGAGGAGGAGGAGGAGAAGUCGACGCCGCAGGACCGCCGGCAGCGCCACCCCCUCUUUGCGCUCGUCUCCCUCAACGCAAAGACCGCGCCCAACGCCGAGGUCUGCUGGUCGCAGCUGCUGGCCCUCAGUCUCGCGCCGGAGGACGAGCCCGUGCUCACGGUGGGCAGGGCGGCGGAGCAGUCGCUGUCCCUCCCCGACCCGCGGGUCUCGGCCCGCCACUUCGAGGUCGUAGCGCGGCGAAAAGCCGGAACAGACUUGGACGAGGGGCGGCUGCCGCCUGGGGCCGUUGCCUACGAGUGCUUCCUCAAGGACUGCUCCUCCAACGGGACGCACGUCAACGGGAGCGUCGUCGGCAGGGGCAAUUCGAGGCAGAUCCGCUCCGGGGACGAGAUCUCGGUCCUGCCCGCGUCGAACGUGGGCGAGGAUGAGCAGGUCAGCUUCCUCUUCCGCAACACCACCGAGGUGCUCGCGGAGGCGGAGGAGGACCGGCCGCUCCGCGAGCUGGAGGACCUUGUGCAGUGCCCGAUCUGCUUGCAGG